AUGGAUCUUUCCCCGCAACCUUUGCCUAUCGUGAUCGCCUGGGGAUGUUCCCCAAGUUCCAACUACUCCUUCUCCAUCUCUGUCGUCCUUAUCAACAAAACCAUGAACGACAGCAUCUUCAGCCCAGCUGUGUCAGAAUCACUGCAUCGUGUCCGUCGCCCGAGGACUCGUCGCGCCUCAACUGGUAAAGCACCUAGUUCCCUGUCCCCGCUUCCAGCUCAGUCAGUGCUUUCCCAGCUUACACCGCUCAGCCUGUUUUUCGUGCCGGUCGAGGAAGAGGUUCGUUUUGUCCCGCCCCUCCGUGAUUUUCACCACGACUUCUUAAAUUCUCUGACUGCGAAUAGGCGCAUAAAGAAGCCUCUUGGCGCCCCGAGCAAUUUGGACAAUGAACCCUCGUACGCUCGCACAAGAAGGUCUAGCGAGUCCUCCUCUGGGGCCAACAAUCCUAGCAAUUUGUCUGUCUCUUCCGCCACACCGACCGUCUUCCCUCCAAUGGGUCAUACAUCGCCUGCAGCCAGCAUGAUGCUGUUCAACGACAACGCCUCAUUCCUCGCUGGCUGUGACGAUCUGUCUCUAGAUUUUGCUUCAACGGGCCCGGAUCCAUUUCCGCAAAACCACGACUUUGGCGCCCCCGAUAGCCUGUCCUCGGAUCUACAAUUUGGCUACAGCAACACAUCGAGCGAUUCUUCCCUGGGCCAGCAAGUCUCGUGCAACAGCUUGGUCGGGAUUGACACUCCCCCUGGCAAUCACAGCGUACCUGCAUGGCAUAACGUGAGCUCGAUGACAAAUGCUCCCCCACUCGCUGAGGCACCAAACGAAGGUGACUGCCUGUGUGCCCCCGCAUGUACAUCGACUAUACCCUGGGUCACGACUUGGUGCCGGCAUAAACUUGACAAAACAGCUCUCGAAAAACUCGCAGAAGCAGAUGUCUUUGCAAUCCCAUCGCCUGAAACGAUUGAUUGUCUCUUGCGGUAUUUCUUCCAGUUCAAGCACCCCCGCCUACCAGUGCUUAAUGAGUGGCAUAUUUACUGCUUGAUCAACAACCGCCCGGUCGUAAAUGAUGAAAUGCCUUCGCCCAUUAGUCUCGCAUUGCUGUAUACAAUAUUUUUCUCCGCGUGCUCCAUGAUCUCAAAUGAUGAACGUGAUCGUGCCGGAUUCCUCUCAUUUCGUGCCAUGGGGCGAGCCUUUUACACGAAGGCCAAAGUGCUGUACGAUGCGGGCUGUGAAAAGUCACCUAUGCAAAAGGUUCAGAUAUGCCUUCUCAUGAGCACCAGCACCUGCCCCAACUUUGAGAAUGGCAUGAUGCCGAGAGAAAAUUGGAUCAUCGAGGCGCAGAGGAUCUUGAAAGAGGCCAAUGUUCCGCUGUUGCUUUCUCAAAACUCACUCCCCCUUCGUCAAAUGGCCAGAUGGCGAAUACUGUAUGCCUGCUGCAUCCUGCGGGUGAUUGCAUUCUUACUGGGUUCCCAACGUGUUAUUGUCGCUUCCGGUCUGCCUCUUGAGAUUCCUAUGGUCACGCUGAGCGAUAUGGAGGAUGAGAUACGUGCACCUUGGCACCUCGACCUUGGUGUGAAGCGCAAGCUUGCCGACUUAUUUCUGGCUAAACUCGAGUUGUUCCGACAUUUCAGCUUAAUCUGUAACGUCAUCCUGCAACACACCGAAGUGCAACAGUCACCGGCGGAGAGCGGUCGCUCCAGGCGACCGGGGCGCUCAAUCACUAGCGAGUUGGAAGAAUGCGAGGCAGCAGUUUCCAACUGGAGAGCCGAAUACGUACAGAUUAUGCAAGAUCAGCAGGCGGCUUCUCAUCCACCUACUGCAGAGGAGCUACCGUGGCUUACACACAAGGCCUUUUUACAACUAACAUAUGAGUUCAUGGUCUCAACACUACACCAAAUUGGAAUCAUCUUUGGUAACCCAAAAGUUACGCCGUGGGCUAGCAAGCUCCGAGAGGCCUCCCAUCAAGCUGUAUGGGAGUCUGCCUCCAUGACGACGCAUAUCACCAAGCAAUUGAUCGCAUGGGAUGCAUUACGAUACCUUCCGUCUGCAGCGGCUUUUCAAAAACUGAUUCACCACAGAGUCAUGUGUAUUUCCAUUCCAUUCACGAUCCACGGCAUACUAUUGAAAGCAUCGACAAUUACAUACCCGCCCAUUGUGCACGGGAUGUUUACCUGCUUGCAGGCUUUGGAAUACCUGUCGGAGAGAUACGACGAUGUCGAUUUCUUUUUCAACCUGCAUCAAGCUGCCCUGAGCUUAACCCAUCGACUCAUGUUCCAGCAGAGUCACUGCAUGGAACAUCAGAACCACUUGGACAGUGGUGUCAGCUUGCAAUCUGGCCGAUCAACAGACGGGGAUUCGGAGGCUGUUCCGCCCUUGGCGCGGAUAGAUGCGUAUUCACAAGUGCUCAAGUUGCAUAACCGGAUCCUAGCCGAGGGCAAUUUUGAUUUCGUCAUGGGUUGA